AUGCGUGCCGUGGCGUCACCCAACGCGCACUAUACGAAUUCUCCUCUACACUUUCCUAUGGAGAACCACCAUGACAUUGGUGUCGCCCUAGGAAGCCCGACGACCGCGCCGGUCCCUGCCCAAGACUCGAGCAGGGUUCCCCGGACCAUGACGACCAUGACGUCCCCGGCCGCCGUCGCUGAGCCGCAGCCGCCGCCGCAGCCGCAACAAAAGAGCACAGCACUAUCUCGCCAGAUUUCCAAGCGUCUCCCUUUUCUCGGCCGCUCAAAAUCCAGACGAAGAAACUCUAACAAUGGUGGCGUCAACUACUCGCGGCCAUGCACAGACCCUAGCCACGCCAACUAUAUAACCGCUUCACCCACGCCUCCUACACCUUCGCCGUCUGUUCCCAAUGCGUCCCUUGCAAACCAGAGCCGCGCCCGCUGUGACGGUGCCAAGCUCAAGAAGCCAAAAUCGUAUGCGAUGCGCGCGGUAACCGAUCCCCAGCUGCAAUCUUCAAACGGUGGUAUGCAGCAAACACCGGCGUGGAGGCCCGGUCAAGGGCCGAUACUGGAUGUUGAGAUUCCCGACAUUAGCUUUGAGCGCUACAGUGUCAUGUUUGGCAGCCUGAUCGAGAAGCAGCAGUCGUCGGGCGGUUUGUUGGCACGUCGCCAAGCGGCACUUGCAAGAAUCAAGGCCCAUGAGGAUGAGGGUCGAAGAGAGCACCAUGUCGAGUUGCAACGAUCUCGACGGGCUACUUCGCCAUUCCUGCCACCAGCUCAGUCGCCGGUAGCGGAAUUGCAGGGUGACUCGGCCCCUGGCAUUAAUAUUGUACCACUACGACUAAGAUCGAAUACGUUCCCGAUGAUUGCGAGAGAAGCAGAAUCGCUAUCACCACAAGCGUCACCUCCCGAAGACGAGAUUGAUUCGCCUGCAACCUCCAUCUUCUCACCCGUCAGCCAGUUCUCUCCCCAACGAGACAGCGACGGCCGUCCUCUGUUGCACUCCAGGUUCCACAAACCGUCCGUCGAGUCGAUCCACAGCCCGUACUUUCGGCACGCCACCGAGCGCGAGAACGGCACCGUCCUCUCGCCUCCCCCAGGUCUCCACCGCCGCUUCCCCGAUGGCGGUGGUGGUGGUGGCAGCAACGCUGCGUCACCAUCCUACCCCGCGAUGCCGGUCAUGGGUGUCGCCAAGCAGGUCGACAUCCCCAGCCGGUCAACGUCGCUGCGCAACCUGCACCGGCUGACGCCCGCCGCGCCGCGGCCCAAUCCCAAACCCGCCAGCCGCGAGGAGGCGCUCGAGGACGCGGCCGAGGUGUCCAUUGCCCGGCAGAUUAGCAUCUCGCGCGGCCAGCGCCGCUUUCUGGAGCCGCUGCAUGAGCGCGAGCGCCGCCGUGCCCGCGCCAACAAGCACAUCAAGGCCGCCAGCCAGAUAUCCCUCGACGACGGCAAGCGCAUCCGCGAGACCAAGACGGCCACGCCGACCCUGGUCCACCCCGAGCCUCCGGGUAGCAGCGAUGGAGGCGACGGCGGCGGAAGCCAGCUUCAGUCGCCGCGGCAGCACAUCCAUCGCCGAAGCGAGCUGGUCACUAUUGAGGGGGCAUAA